AAUUUGUGGGAGGGAUUGGUGUAAGAGGGGUACUCGAAAUUUUCUUUUUUUAAUUUACCUAGAUUUUUGUUUAGUUGUGUAUUUAUUAGACAUGGAAUUUUUUCGCGAAUUUCUAAUCGAGGUUGAAAAGUAAAAUUAACAAAUGUGUAGACAAUGGGUCAUUCAAAACCAGAUGCUCAUCCCAACAACAACCAAAAACAACAACCACAAAAUUAUUCUUUUCCAAAACAUUUAUUAUUUUAUUUAUCAAUUUUGUCUUCAAUUAAUUCAAGUCUUUUUAAUUGUUUUGGUUAUAUUUUAUUUGCUUUUGAAGAAAAAAAUAAUUUGAAUAAAUCGAGGAAUGAUUUAAUUAUUUUUUAUUUUUUUUCUCUUCUUUCUUUAACAUUUUUAACAAUAUUAAAAGAACAACAACAAAAAUUAUUUAAAAGAAAAUGUUUUUCUUUUUUGUUUUCUCAAAAUAUUCUUUUACCUAUUGCUUUGUUUGGUGCCGGUAGUGCUUUGUGUACUCUAAAUUCGGAAAUAUUACAUCCAUUUUCUGUUUCUUUAUUUGGAGCAUCUUUAACAAUUAUUUGGCCAGCUACUUGGUUACAAUUUAUUGGCGAAUUAAAUUAUAACAACAUAAAAACAAUAAAUAAUCAAAUAUCACCAGCUAUAACAAUAAUAUUAAUUUCUUCACAUUUUGGCCCAUUCAUUUUUCCAUUUAUUUUAACACAAAUUUAUAUAAUUUAUGGAGGUCCAGAACUUUUUACUUCAAUAGAAUUAUUUUUUAUAUUUUUAAUGGUUAUUGCUUUUGUUUGUAUAUUAAAUAUUCAGGCUAAUCAACAACAAUCUGGAAGUCAAUUUUGGCAUUGGUUCCGUGGAGAAGGUGGUCGUCGAACACGCCGUUCUAUUCGCCUAUUUGUUAAUAGUUUUAGAGGAAGUCUUCGACGACGACAAAAGGCUUCACGUAAUCGUCAAAAUAAAAGAAGAAGAGUUGGAACUGCAGAUUCUGCACUUUUAGAAGAGAGUAGUAUUUGUGGUGGACAUUCAGCUUUAAGUAAUUAUAAUAGUUUUCAGACAUUAAAUGAACGUAUUACAAACAACAAUAGUCGUCAAAGCAAUCAAAAUCGUUUAUUUUCUAGACAAAUGUCUGAACAACAAAAAGAAAAUAUUAAAAACAAUUCAAAACCCAUUUCACCCAUUUCAUUACGUCGAGCACAAUUUUCAUUGCCUUCUAUUGUAAUUCAUCAAGAAACGCCUACUGGAAGUAGAGGAAGUGUUAAUAGUUGA